AUGGGACUUUUUGGCUCUUCUCAAGCUUCUCUACCCCCUCCAAAGAUAUCCGCAGAUGGUGCACCGAUAGCACCGGAUCGGAGCCAAAGGUCAAAAUGCUGGGAAGCAAGAGAUGCAUACUUCAGGUGUUUGGACAAAAAUGAAAUUAUUGACAGCAUCACGGAGAAGAACAAAGCGGAGAAAUCUUGCGGGACAGAGGCAAGAGGGUUCGAAAAGAAUUGUGCAACUAGUUGGGUUGAGUACUUUAAGAAACGAAGAGUUAUGGAAUACCAGCGCGAUCAAACACUGCGAAAACUCAAGGCUGAAGGAGCGCAAGAGAUGCCGGGCGUUAUAGGAGCUGGAGCACCUGGACAGAGGCCAUCAUGA